AUGAGCAGCCCUAAGAGGAGAAUUGAGGCGGAUGUUAUGAAGAUGCUGAUGAGUGAUUAUGAGGUGACCCUGGUGAAUGAUAACAUGUAUAUUUUGCCCAUUCCCCCCACCCUCCGAUGGCAAGAAUUUUACGUCCAUUUCAAAGGCCCCGAAGAGACACCAUUUUCGGGCGGUCACUGGAAAAUCCAUGUCGAACUACCAGAUCAAUACCCAUACAAGAGUCCCAGUAUCGGCUUUGUCAACCGCAUUUUCCAUCCGAACAUUGAUGAACUUUCCGGAUCCGUCUGUCUCGAUGUCAUCAACCAAACCUGGUCGCCGAUGUACGAUAUGAUCAACAUCUUCGAAGUCUUCCUCCCACAACUGUUACGUUAUCCCAACCCGUCGGACCCGUUGAACGGCGAGGCGGCAGCAUUGCUCAUGCGUGAUCCAAAGAAUUACGAAAACAAAGUCCGAGACUACGUCGCGAAGUAUGCCAACAAAGACGCGGCUGAAGAAGGUGGUGAAGACACCGAAUCAGAAGACGAACUGAGCUCCGUUGGCAGUUACGAAUCCGGUGGCGAAGAACCCGCCGGCACGAUGGACGACGUCUGA